AUGCCGUCGUCCAUCGCAGACCGCGGAUCACCGGAUGAGAAUAACUGGUCUAAAACGAUUGUUUCAUUCAAGAGACAUUUUGUGGAUAUUGAUUGUUGUGACAGCUUCGUUGACUGCUUCCUUUAUCGCUUCUUGAGAAUUUUGACAACAAACUGA